GAGGGAAAGGCGUGUGUACUAUGUGCAACUAUUCCCGCCAAGUUGAUGUCAAAUUUGUCAAAUUCGGGAGAACUUUGUGCUGCAUAUUUAUUUUGUUGAUCUUGUGUUAAGAAUUUUAUCUUUCUGAAAUUAGGUAACUUAAUCGAAUUAAUUCAAUAAUCAUGCCCAAAUCAGACGAAAACGAAGAUUGGAUUGAGAAGAUGGAGGAUCUUUGUUCUAAUUUAAACGUCGAUUCAUCAGCUGCGAAGAAAUCGAAAGAUUCUUUUUCAGAAAUAAAACGAAAUUAUAUACUAGAUGGUGAUGAAUUACAUUGGAUGGCAUGCGCAUUGUAUGUGGCUUGUAGGACAUCGGUCACUCCUACAGUGCAAACAGGAAAAGUGGUGGAAGGGAACUGUGUCAGCCUGACAAAACUUUUGAGAUUAUGUAAUCUAAGCUUAAUUCAGUUCUUCAUCAAAAUAAAAAACUGGAUGGAGAUGGCCUCAAUGUCUACAGAUUUUAAAGAAAGGAUAUCUCGUUUGGAACACAAGUUUGCAGUCUCUUCAGUACUCUUCAGGAAGUUCCAACCGAUUUUCAUGGAACUGUUUGUUGGGUUAACAAAUGAGCCUGUAAAACAAGUCUCGAAGAGAAGACCAAAACUGCAACCAUGUUCAACAAAUGCCUUGUUUGAGUUUACAUGGUGUUUGUACAUUUGUGUGAAAGGAGAAUUCCACAAUUCUGCUAAUGACUUAGUAGAUAUGUAUCACAUAUUACUAUCAUGUUUGGAUUAUAUAUUUGCCAAUGCAUUUAUGGCCCGAAGGGUAGACAUUAUUAAUCCUGAAUUUAAAGGAUUACCUACAGAUUGGACUAAAAAUGAUUUCAAAAUGCCAAAAACUCCUCCAUGUGUAAUUUCUACUUUAUGUGAGAUCAAGGAUGGCUUAUCGAAAGAGGCAACCACUAUGAAAGAAUAUAGCUGGAAACCUGUUAUUGAUUCUUUUUUUGAAAAAGGGAUACUGAAAGGCAAUAGUGAGCCUACGCUUGGAAUUCUAGAUUUGGGAGUGUUUGAUGUAAAUCUUAAAUCACUGAACAACUUGUAUGAAACAUAUGUUCUCAGUGUAGGAGAAUUUGAUGAAAGGAUUUUUUUAGGCGAACAAGCAAAUGAACAAAUUGGAAUGAAGAACAAAGUGUCCGGUGAUGAGAUCUCAGAAGUAAUAGCUAAUUUCGGUCCUAGCGGUCGUGCGUGCCCGGACACGCCGCUGACGGGGCGGCGCUACCUGUCGCGCCGCAGCGAGGAGCUGACGCCCGUGUCGGAGGCCAAGAACAGCCUGGCGCGCCUCGCCGCCACGCUGCGACACGCGCGCCCCCAACCCUCGCCCACGCUGCUCAGGCUCUUCACGGAAUGCGGCGUAACUGAUGAAAUGAUAAAUGCAAAACUAAUAAAACCCUGCAAUGGUUGGAUGGAACAAUUUGGGGCCAGCUUGAAGGAAGCACACAAUACCCCGCAUAGUGAGACAAUUUCUAUACGCUGUAAUAUGGUCACAUGUUUAUAUUAUAAGGUGUUUGAACAUAUCAUCAAAGAGGAACAUAGGAAAAAGCCACAGGUUUCAUUGCAGAUGCUUCUUUCACAAGAAACAUACCAGCUAACUGUAUAUGCGUGCUGUACGGAGAUUGUCCUACAUGCCUAUGGAGUGAAUUCAUUCAAGUUUCCCAGAGUGCUGCAGAUAUUCAAGCUGAGCGCAUUUCAUUUCUAUAAGAUUAUUGAACUAGUUGUACAGGCCGUGGUCGAUAAGCUUAGUCGAGACGUCAUCAAACAUUUGAAUGCAGUCGAAGAAGAAGUACUAGAGUCUCUGGUGUGGACUUCUGACAGUCCUCUGUGGGACCAACUCAGUAAAACGCCAGUGCCAGCCUCUGCCGACGUCUCCGUACAAGAUUCACCUUUUCGAAGAACUAAUGGUCUACAAUCACCUGUCUCUACAAUAGACCGCUUCAUGUCACCUAUGGCUGAACAAGCCAAGAAGCAAUUAUUCAAAGACCCUAUUAAACCCGGCCAGUCACUUUUAGUACAAGCAAACACAACACCAGUGAAAGAGCCAGCAGUGUCUGCUAAUACAUCACAACCAUCACAAAGUACUUCAAGUUGUGAGACCACGCCUACAUCGACACCCAAAAAAAACAAUUCAUUAAUAUUGUUUUUUAGGAAGUUUUACAGUUUAGCGGUAGUACGUAUGAACGAUCUGUGCACGAGAUUGCGACUGACUGACGACGAAUUAAAACGCAAAAUUUGGACUUGUCUUGAGUACUCAAUAAUGCAUCAAACACAUCUAAUGAAAGACAGACAUCUAGAUCAGAUACUUAUGUGCUCUGUUUAUGUUAUAUGUAAGGUUUCAAAUAAUCCGUCUAGUAAUCAAGUGGAGAAAACAUUUGCAGAAAUCAUGCGAUGUUACAGACAACGCCCUUUAGCGGAUAAUCAUGUUUAUAGAUCUGUUUUAAUCAAACAAAGCACAGACGAGAGUUCACCAGAAAGAGGAGAUUUGAUUAACUUUUAUAAUAAAGUUUAUGUGCAAUGUAUGCAGAAUUUUGCACUUAGAUUUUCUGGACGACACAGGGAUGAGUGCAGCCUGUCUCCGCUGCCGACGGGGCGGUGUGAGGCGCGCUCCCCGGCCGGCACGCGCGUGUCCGAGCGACAUCAGCUCUACGUCAAGCCGCUCACCGACCCGCCGCCGCAACACCACCACCUCACCUACAGAUUCAGCCGCAGCCCCGCCAAGGACCUACAGGCGAUCAACAGUUUGGUCUGGUGCGACACAGGACUGGGGUCGGGCGUAGGCCUGAAGCGUGCGCUGGAAGGAGCGUUGGACAGCGACCCGAAUAAGCGAAACAGAGCCGCACCCGCCGUAGCCAGAAAGCUGCAUCAUCUACUAUCUGACAGGCAGGCUGUCUAGAGGUUUUUCGAGUUCGUCCAAAUACAGCAAAAAUACGAGUCUAUAAUGAAUUUAUGUUUUUAGUCAUUUUCAUUUAGUACCAAAUAUUUGCUUUUAGCUCUCUAGCCGUGGUGACUAUCAAUGGAAAAUCUGUUUUUGGCGAUAUAUCACUUGUAUGUAUUAACAGAAGUCACAAUAAUCAGAUGUUUAAUUAUAAAUCAAUACUGGCUUUAUAUGUAUAACAAUAUAAUACAUUGGCAUUGUACUCGAGAUUCCAGGCUGGCAAAACAUAGCAUUUUGAUCUCAUUUCUUAUUUAUGUUGAAUGUAUAGUAUCGAUAUGCCAUAGUGGAAAAGUUGCUCAUUUCUUACGUAAGAUUUAAGUUGAAUUUCCAUAGGCUGUGUCAGUAUGAAUUGAUGUAUGUGGGCAUGUGAUGAAACUAGUUUUUUUUAAAUAUUUAUUUAUAAGUAUGGUUGCCAUUAUAUGUCCUACGUUUGUAGACAUUUUUAUUUUUCAUUAUGACUAACUUUAUUUUACUCACAAAACAUUAAAGCAUACACAUUAUAAGAAAAUAUAAACACUUAUGUCAAAGAAGUUCCUUUACCAUUUUUUAUUAUUGUUUAAAAAGCGAGGUAUAUUUUAUUUUCUUCCAUUAAUAUUACUCUUUAGUUUGUAAGUGAUCAAAGAACUUAUAAAAAUCAAUUCGUUUUAACAACAAAUCAAAAUUUAAUUGUAUAUUUCGGACAUAAACAUUGUAUCAUGUAUUCUGUAGAUUUUACAUAACCUAAGGAAUUAAAAGAUAUGUAAUCUUAAAA